GUAUGGGUUAUGGGGUAUGGGAGAGUUAUGGGUUUUGCAUGGCACUUCCCUGCAAACAAGGUCGGUGAUCCGAAAAAUCUAUGGGGUAUAAGGGAGUAUGGGUUUAUAGGGGUAUGGGUUAAGAGGGAGUCGACUGUACUUACAAGGAUAUGA